GCUGCGCAGGCGCAGUAGACACGCCGUGACUUCCGGGCACUGCAAAAGGUAUAAAUACGGAUGCGUUGCGCCGCUUCGGUCUUUUAUCCAGAAGCUUGGGCGGUGGUGUGUUUCGUCUUGAAAUUCUUUCAGGAUUCCAAACAACUUGUCCAGGGAGAGAAGAGGAGCCACACUUCUGGGCAUCAGCUCCUUUAUUUAGCAAGAGUUGGUAAAGAACUUCUUUUAAAAACAGCACAUUCUAAAGAUUUUUGGGAUUCAUGAGAUUUGGGUUUUUUUAGAGUAAUGUAUUUCUGAUGUAAAAUGUUUGUUAACAGUUCUAAAAAUAUUCAUGUAUUGUGAAUUGAAAUAAAGGUGAUUUUGGAUUUGUGUGGUUCCUUUUAUGGGGAAAAAUGGUUCUAUGAGUGGUGCUGUUUAACCAGUUCUUGCAUAAUGGGUUCCAUGCUUAAAUCUUGGGCUGUUCCUUCCCUCAAGUGUUUAGCUUAUGUCAGCCAUUGUUCGAUGGGGAUGAUGGGAGGUGUGUGUGGUGUUCCUACAGAAUGAUUAAAGGCAACUGCCCUGAUGGAGGAGGGGGUUUGUGUGGGGUUCAGGUGCUGCUCACUGAAUCCUGUUCCCACAGUGUAGCACAGGGGACGGUGCCUUAACAGCUGGAUCUGGUGCUGGGGUAUUUGGACAGAUGAGUGCUCUUGCUUGAUGAUGUGAGGAGGUUGAGUCACAAUGACUCCAUUGUCAAGCUGCUGUUCUGGCUCCCAGCAUUAAAGGAUAAGCCCCUGGAGGAUGGGGGCCAGAGGGGUGCCAUCUAGAAGCCAUGUGAAUGAGUAAGAUCUUCAAGAAAGAAGAAAGAUCAGAUAUCCCAGGGAUUAAAUUGGAGACAUUGCACAGUGUAUCAUCCAAAAGAAGUGUGCAUGAUGGAGGCAGAGGUAAACUUGAAGAGGACAGGAAGAUGCCGCCCAAGCGCAUAGCUAAAAGGAGGUCGCCCCCAGAAGAUGCCAUCCCCAAAAGCAAGAAGGUGAAGGACGUCCAUAACCAGGCGGUGAGAGCUGCUCCCUCCCGCCACCUUCCCGGCGCCCACUCCUGCCGAGGUGCCUGCGGCCCCAGCCCUCCUGACCAGAAAAUCCGACCAGUCUCACACAGGUCCCACAGCACAGAACCAGGCUUGGUGCUGACACUGGGCCAAGGCGACGUGGGCCAGCUGGGGCUGGGUGAGAAUGUGAUGGAAAGAAAGAAGCCAGCCCUGGUGCCCAUUCCAGAGGAAGUUGUGCAGGCCGAGGCCGGUGGCAUGCAUACUGUGUGUCUAAGCAAGAGUGGCCAGGUCUACUCCUUCGGCUGCAACGACGAGGGUGCCCUGGGAAGGGACACGUCAGCGGAGGGGUCAGAGAUGGUCCCCGGGAAGGUGGAACUGCAAGAGAAGGUGGUACAGGUGUCAGCAGGAGACAGUCACACAGCAGCCCUCACCGAGGAUGGCCGUGUCUUCCUGUGGGGCUCUUUCCGGGACAACAACGGUAUGAUUGGGCUGCUGGAGCCCAUGAAGAAGAGCUUGGUGCCCGUGCAGGUGCAGCUGGACGUGCCCGUGGUGAAGGUGGCCUCAGGAAAUGACCACUUGGUGAUGCUGACAACUGACGGCGACCUCUAUACCUUGGGCUGCGGGGAGCAAGGCCAGCUGGGUCGUGUACCUGAGUUAUUUGCCAACCGUGGUGGCCGGCAGGGCCUGGAGCGACUCCUGGUCCCCAGGUGUGUGCUGCUGAAGUCCAGGGGCAGCCGGGGCCACGUGAGAUUCCAGGAUGCCUUCUGUGGUGCCUAUUUCACUUUUGCCAUCUCUCGAGAGGGCCAUGUGUAUGGCUUCGGCCUCUCCAACUACCAUCAGCUUGGAACCCCAGGCACGGAGUCCUGCUUCGUACCCCAGAACCUGACAUCGUUCAAGAACUCCACCAAGUCCUGGGUGGGCUUCUCUGGCGGCCAGCACCAUACAGUCUGCAUGGAUUCAGAGGGAAAAGCAUACAGCCUGGGCCGGGCUGAGUACGGGCGGCUGGGCCUUGGGGAAGGUGCCGAAGAGAAGAGCAUACCCACCCUCAUCUCCAAGCUGCCUGCUGUCACCUCCGUGGCGUGUGGGGCCUCUGUGGGGUAUGCCGUGACGAAGGACGGUCGUGCCUUUGCCUGGGGCAUGGGCACCAGCUACCAGCUGGGCACAGGGCAAGAUGAGGACGCCUGGAGCCCCGUGGAGAUGACGGGAAAGCAACUGGAGAACCGUGUGGUCUUGUCUGUGUCCAGCGGGGGCCAGCACACAGUCUUGUUAGUCAAGGACAAGGAGCAGAGCUGAUGAAGCCUCUGUGGGCCUGGCCUGGCCCCUCGCCCACCCUCGUGCAACAGGGAAGCAGUGACAACCACAGAUUCCAGCAGGCCUCUCCCCAACCCUGAGCACUCUGUUAUCUCCUGCCUUUUUCCCAUCAUCAGCAGAACAGAAUUCUUUUCCUCUUUUUCUUCCUCCUUUCUGGAAUCAUCCUGGGACCUGCAGGAUGAAGGGGAGGAUGGAUGGUGGAGUUCUGGACAGAAGGAACAUUGCUCACCCCAGAGCUGUGUGGUCACACUUUGCCCCUACUUCCCUACCUCCCAUGGUCCUGGCUGGCUCUGGCUUUGCCUAACAAAAAAACCAAAACUCCCUCCCUUGGGCGUUUGGAGCCAUCCUCCAGUCAUGUGCCGCUCUUCCUAAGCCCAGUAGUCCACAGGCAGACAAAUGGUUCAGUUACCCGACCCAGCUGUCAUGGCCCGUGCCUCAGGGAAUCCAGAGAAGGGACAGGCUGCACAGCUGUGGGCAGCCCCAAGCCAAAUACUUGGCUCUAAACAGGUGUCCAUGGGACAGAAAGGAUGACAGUUCUCCACUUGACCAAGAAACAAGCCGACUAGGGGUUCUCCCAGAAGCACAAAGCCUACCCUGGCCCCUCAGGCACUGCCUGGGUAUCCCACCCAUCCACUGGGCCUCAUCUGCAGCCAAGGACCGAAUCCCAGAAGAGAAGGCGGGCAGGGGGUGGGGGAAGAGGGUAGCGGGUAUGGAGGAUUUUAUGAACAAACAGCAAUAAUACUGAGCAGGGAGGGAGGCAGAGAGGGUCGGAGAGGGGCAGAGGCUGGUCCCCAAGAAGAAUGAGCAGCAACUUGUACAGCGGCUGAGAAAAGAGUUUUGAUUUUUUUAAAUUAUAAAAUAUUUUGGAGGGGAGAGUGAAAUCUUUUAACACUUUGAAUAAAUUUAGAGUUUUGUAAGA